AUGGAAUAAUUAUAUCAUCGUGAUCCCACAUAUUAAGAAUAGGAAAAAAAAAGAGAGCAACUCUUAAAUAAAUUGCCACAACCAAAUUUAAGUGCUAAUUUAGACGAAUUGAUUAAUAACUCAAUCCAGCUCUCCUCAAAAGGAAGUUCAGAUUUUUUUAUCAGUAAAAAACUCAAAAGCGCUAGAGAAAAACCUGACAGCGAAGUAUUCAUCCAUACAUCAUUCUUUAGGAACUUAUGCAAAAGUUUUUGAGGAAAUUUGAAAUUGAAGAAUAUGGCACCAAUUUUACCAAAGAUGUCUAUGACCCUAAAAAGAUAGGCGAUGACUCUGUUGUUGAUGAUAAAAAAGUACUUAGAUAUACUGUUCCUAAUGUAAUUAUAAUCUGUAUAUUAAUGUCUAGAGUUUUACACAUUCAAACAGAUGAAUAGGAU